AUGAUUAUUUUCCAAGACAUUAUCUCCAACGACGAGUUGUUAUCCGACGCUUACGAUGUCAAGUUAGUUGACGAUGCUGUUUACGAGGCUGACUGUGCUAUGGUCACUGUUGGUAAUGGUGAUAUUGAUAUUGGUGCUAAUCCAUCAGCGGAAGACGGAGAAGAGGCUUUAGAAGAUGGUGCCGAAACAGUCAACAAUGUUGUUUAUUCGUUCAGAUUACAACAAACUCAGUUUGACAAGAAAUCUUUUACAACUUAUAUCAAAGGUUACAUGAAGAAAGUAAAGGCUUAUUUGGCUGAACACGAUCCUGAACAAGUUGAAGUUUUCGAAAAAGGUGCUACCAAAUACGUUAAAAAGGUUUUGGGAUCAUUCAACGAUUGGGACUUUUACACUGGUGAGUCAAUGGACCCAGAUGCUAUGAUUGUAUUGUUGAACUAUAGAGAAGACGGUACCACUCCAUAUGUUGCUAUUUGGAAACACGGUGUUAAAGAAAUGAAAAUCUAG